AUGGAAGACGACGUUGCGGCUUUAGUUGUUGAUAAUGGAUCAGGCAUGUGCAAAGCUGGUUUCGCCGGCGACGAUGCACCAAGAGCUGUUUUCCCCUCCAUCGUCGGUCGUCCUCGCCAUCAAGGUGUGAUGGUUGGUAUGGGCCAGAAGGAUUCGUAUGUUGGCGACGAGGCCCAAAGUAAAAGAGGUAUCCUUACCUUGAAAUACCCCAUCGAACACGGCAUCGUCACAAACUGGGACGAUAUGGAAAAAGUAGGUUUUCGACCUCGUGUAAACUUAAAUUUCGUUUCAUUUUGUCGCUUGUGGUUAACGCCCCUUUCUGACUUUCUCUGUUUGCUUGCUAGAUAUGGCAUCAUACUUUUUAUAACGAACUCCGAGUAGCACCAGAAGAACAUCCCGUUUUACUCACAGAAGCUCCAUUGAACCCAAAAGCUAACCGAGAAAAAAUGACACAGGUAUGAGAGAACUUAUAAUUCAUCUCAAAUUUAUAGCCAUAUUUGUAGAUUAAUGGUGAAUUUAUUGGUUUACAGCCAAGAAUUCAAAGCAUAGACAAUCUAGUUACUUCGUAUUUCAACUAUUGGAUUGUAUUUUAAGCCUAUAAAUAACCAUAUGUCGUAAUUUUUAGUGUUUGAAAAAAUUGCUUUUUGGCAUCUUCGUAUUUGUUAAUAAUUAUAAAAGUCUCGACUAGUUCUAAUCGCGGUUCUAAUGGCAUUUAAUUGUACAGAAAGUUCUUAAAUUUAAACGAGUCUUAUUGUAUAGUUGUUGGGUAACUAGAUUGAGGGCUAUAACGUCGAUUUUUCAAGUCAAAUUCAAUAAGCUUUGAAUAGGUGUGGCAAUGUAAAUUCAGUUGCAUUCUUUACUUCCUGCUUCCUUGUCAUUUUCCUUGCCCUUCGAAGUUUUCCUGUCUAAAAUUAAGGUACUUGGCUCAUUACAAGUUCCUAAAACGUGUCAGGCCCAUUUUAGACUGGCCUACUUUACAUGAGCUGAACUUGAUGCUUGUUUUACUGAAAUAGGUGUUUUCUAUGUUUGAAAUUGAAAUGGGUGUGCUUCUCCUGAGCUGAUUCAUUGCAACCUCUAUUUGGUAUGGCUCAGUAAAAGCACAGCAUGUCUGAACGAAGCAAAGUUUUAAAUUCCACUGUAUUAAAUACAAAUUGCCAUGCUUGUUAAAUUCAGCACACUUUUAUGCAUUGAAAUAACGUCAGCUCUGGGCAGUAUUGCCUUGGUGUAUUUAGAAAGCAACAAUCUGGCAUCCAAGUACUUUACUUUAGCCUUUCUAUUCAUGUAAGCUGUAAAUUCUAUCUUUUACAGAUCAUGUUCGAAACCUUCAACACCCCAGCUAUGUAUGUAGCUAUCCAGGCUGUGUUGUCCUUGUAUGCCUCUGGUCGUACCACAGGAAUCGUGUUCGACAGUGGUGAUGGUGUCUCCCACACUGUACCAAUCUAUGAAGGUUAUGCCUUGCCUCAUGCCAUCCUUCGUCUUGAUUUGGCCGGCCGUGAUCUUACUGAUUACCUGAUGAAAAUCUUGACGGAGAGAGGUUACUCAUUCACCACAACCGCUGAACGAGAAAUCGUCCGUGAUAUUAAAGAGAAAUUGGCCUAUGUCGCUCUCGAUUUUGAACAAGAAAUGGACACUGCUGCAAGCAGUUCUAGCUUGGAGAAGGCGUACGAGCUUCCUGAUGGUCAAGUUAUCACCAUUGGUAACGAGCGAUUCCGAUGCCCAGAAGCACUCUUCCAACCAUCAUUCCUAGGAAUGGAAUCUGCUGGUAUCCAUGAAACCUGCUAUAACUCCAUCAUGAAAUGCGAUGUCGACAUCAGGAAAGAUCUGUAUGCUAACACCGUGUUGUCUGGUGGUUCUACCAUGUUCCCUGGUAUUGCCGACAGAAUGCAGAAGGAAAUCACUGCUCUCGCUCCACCCACAAUGAAAAUCAAGGUGAUUGCUCCACCAGAAAGGAAAUACUCUGUCUGGAUCGGUGGCUCCAUCUUGGCUUCCCUCUCGACCUUCCAGCAAAUGUGGAUCUCCAAACAAGAAUAUGACGAAUCUGGUCCAUCUAUUGUUCACCGAAAAUGCUUCUAA